CUAUGAAAAACAGUUUAGGACUCAACUAUUUUCAAAACAACGAACCGUCUAAAUGGUCUCUUAUUGGCUUUUUAAAAUGGAGAUACGAAACACAGUCACUUUUAGAUAGAACAAGCGAGCAUAGUGCGUUCAAAUCGUUUCUUCAGGAAUUUUCAAAUGAAGAUAUUAUAAAAGCAAAAAGAGCGCAAGAGUUACUUAACAACUGGGAAGAAAUUAAGCGUUUUCCAGAAGUUAAAAAUUUCUGGAAUGAUAUUAAAACACGGAAUUUAAAGAACGAUAUUCAGCAUGCCAAAAUGCAAAAUGAACUAAAAACUUUACAGGUUGAAGCUGAAGAUUUAAAUUAUGUUCUUGACCGAAAAAAGGAAUUAAACUUACAUGCUAAUAUAAUUGGCAGUAAAAGAAAGUUGAUGUUACAAGGGAUGCAGGAUGAUAGCGUUUCAAAAAAUAAACAACGCAGAACUAGAAGUGGAAGGGCGAUACAAAACUAUGUAAAAAGUGUAGUAUUGAGAUAG